AUAGCAUACACUGGAACCAAGCAAAGAAUGAGGAGCUAGCCCUAACUAGAUUAGUCUUCCAACAUUGUGGGAUAUUCUACUUUCAAUCUCCAAAAUACAGCUUAAAACUGAUCUCAAAACAACGUUAUCGAAGGAACAUCAAGCGAAAGUCACGAGGUCAUCUAACUGGACUAUAUCUGUCUUGACAUUGACUUCAUUGCUGUUGUUGCCACGUGAGCAGGACAAUAUGAGUGGAGAGAGGGAAACAUUGAUGGAUGAAAUGGAACAGAGUUUAAACACUUUAACCAACGACAAUUUACGCUGCCUGUGUGAACGCAGUGGAAUAGGUGGCAAGGAUGGCUCCGAUGUUCAAGGAAAGAAUCACCAUCACUCAUUGUGCCGUAAAAUCCUGGAGGAACUUUGGGAAAAUGCAGAUUCAAUGGAAUCGGAGGAGCAGGGAAUGUCUUGGUUACUCCAACUGAAAGAGGACAUCAGAAAGAUACAGGAGGAUGGUAGUGGUGCACCUUUGAGUCCCAGCCAAUCCAUUGAUGAUGAUGCUGUAGACCGUGAUGAAGAAGGGAACCAGAAGGACAUGGAUUGGUUACCUAGCAAAAGGCUGGAGGGGGAACCCAUGAGUCCCAGCCAAUCCUUUGACGACGAGGAUGCUGUAGACUGUGAUGAAGAAUGGGAUGAGGAGGACAGGGAUUUGUUGCAUAGCAAAGGGCUGGAGGUGGAGCCAGCUCCAGAGAGACACACACCAGAGCAGAGGGAGAAGAGAGUGAGUGGGGCCCCCUCUCUGUCCUCUCCUGGUAAUGCCUUACUGCUGGGUCUGAAGAGGGUGUCUGUGCGGCUGGUCGACUGCAGGAAAACACCAGGGUUGAGAGGAACUGCUGGAGGAGGAGAGGAGGAGGAGGAAGGAGACGUGAUUCAUCAAAAAAAGAGACGUGGCAACCAUGGAUCUUCUGGAGAGCCUCAACAACAACCUCAUGCUGACAACACAGACUGGAGUCUCCCCACAUCAAAACACCUCAAUAAACAACCGCAGAGACAUACAGGGAAGAAACCACACCACUGCUGCUCUGAGUGUGGGAAGACUUUCGGCUGUCCAGCGACACUCAAAAUGCACAGAAGAAUCCAUACGAGAGAGAAACGUUACCGCUGCUCACAGUGUGGGGAGACUUUCAGUAAAAUAAUUACUCUUAAGAUUCACCAGCAGAUGCACACUGGGAAGAAACCUCACCACUGCUCUGACUGCGGAAAGAGUUUCAGUGUUUUAUCAAGCUUGAAAAUCCAUCAAAGCACCCACACCGAAAAUAAACUAUUCCAAUGCUCCAAGUGUGGGAAAGGUUUUGCAAACAACCACUAUCGAAAAAUACAUGAGAAAAUGGUACAUGAGCCUCCCGCAGAAAGGUCUUACCACUGCUCUGACUGCGGGAAGAGCUACAGUUUUUUAUCAACCUUCAAAAACCAUCAAAGAAAACACACAGGAGAGAAACCAUUCCAAUGCUCCAAGUGCAAGAAAAGUUUUGCUCAGAAAUCCACUCUAAAAGCCCACGAGCAAACACACAUGCCUGCUGCAGAAAGGCCUUACCAAUGCCUAUUCUGCGAGAAGAAGUUUUGUAUUUUGGCAUCCUUUAAUUUCCAUAUGAGAAUGCACACUGAAGAAAAACCAUUCCAAUGUUCCAUCUGCGGAAUGCGGUUCAUUCACGCCAGUUUACUGAAAGCACACAAACAUAAACACAAGCCCACUGCCGAAAGGCCCUUCCACUGCAAUAAAUGUGGAGCGUCUUUUACUACAAAAGGUAAUCUUAAAUUUCACCAGCUGACCCACGACCGGGGGGAGAGAACUUACCGCUGCUCUGAGUGUGGGCAUUGUUUCUCUCAUCCGAUAUAUCUGAAGAAACACCAGAAAAGGCACAGUAAAGAGAAGUCCAUUGUCUGCGACCUGUGCGGGAAGACCUUCAACCAUCCAAGCAACUUCAGAACGCACAUGAAGAUACACCAAGGAGUGAAACCGUACCACUGCUCCGACUGUGGCAGGAGCUUCAUAUUCCGCCAAGGUUUAACAACACACCAGCGUGUGCACACCGGAGAGCUGCCUUACGUCUGCGAUCAAUGUGGAAAGAGGUUUUCUCAGUACAAUUCUUUGGUGAUUCACCAGCGAACACACACUGGGGAGAAACCUUACCCAUGCUUUGUCUGUGGGAAGAGCUUCAGUCGGUCACAAAACCUGGCUGCACACAAGAGAACUCAUACUGGAGAGAAGCCUCACGCCUGUGAUCAGUGUGGGAAGAGGUUUUCCCGAACCGACGCACUGGCUGUACACAAGCGCACCCACACCGGAGAGAAGCCUUACAGCUGUGAUAUAUGCAGGGAGAGGUUCACCUAUUUAGUAGCCAUGUUGAAACAUAAGAAAGGACAUGGUCAUCCUGCAGGUGAUGUACUCUGUGCUGAAUGGCCUCAGGACGAUUCCAGCUCUGUCUAUGAAUAGAGAAGAACUUGUUUAACUUGCAGAAGACAUCAAUUUGUUGUUAUACUUACAAUCUAACCCCCAGAGAGAGAGAGAGAGACAAACACUCACACACAUGCAGAAAAACACAGAGGGCGGCAGGUAGCCUAGCGGUUAAGUGCGUUUGGCCGGUAACUGAAAGAUCGCUGGUUCGAAACCCAGAGCCAAAGGUUGGGAAAAAAUCUGCUGUCCUGCCCUUGAGCCAGCCAGUUAGCCCCCAACAACAACUGCUCCCGGGCACAUAUGAAGUGGAUUAAGGCAGCCCGCCGCACCUCUGUGAUUCAGAGGGGUUAAAUGCAGAAGGUUGAAGGCAUUUAGUUGUGCAACUGGCUAGUUAUCCCUAAUUUCCUUUCCACCCAGAGGAAUUGGGAGCACAGAGUGGUUUUUGAGAGUGGUUACUGUGGUUUUUGAAAGUGGUUACUGUGGUUUUUGAGAGUGGUUACUGUGGUUUUUGAGAGUGGUUACUGUGGUUUUUGAGAGUGGUUAUAUGUUUCCUCCUUAUUGGACUGAAUCACAAAACAAGGAUUUGUGGCUUUAAAUUGUCUGAAAUCUCAGUGUUGUGUUUUAUACAUACACGCCUGACAGGUGUAGGAUCAGGUUCUCCUCCCCAAAUCCUAUUAUUAAGCAUUAUUGGUGAAAAUGCUACAAGAUCAGCAUCUAGGGGCAACUUCACCCAACACUUGCCCCUUCCCUGGGGGCUGUUCCAGAUGGCAGAUUCAUUGAGUUACUGUCCUAAAUAUUCUGAAGUAUCAUUUUUUUUAGACAAAUUUAGACUUGAAAUUGGCACAGUGUCAUUAACUUGAAACCAGCAACACAUAUUCAUGUUUAGCUUUCAAAAUAAACCCCUGAUUUAAGAGAUCAAAUGGUUUAAGUUAAGGAUCCUGGUCUCUGGAACACCCCACUGCUCCCAGUCACAGUAAAGCAGGAGUCAAUUCCACCGUGCCAAUUUCAAGUCCUUAUAUUCCUUUACCAAUAUGGUUAAGUUAUUUCAGAAUAUUUAGGACUAAAUAUGUUGCCAUGGUAACUUAAAUCUUCAUGCAGAUCUCAUGUGAGCAUUUGAGAUAAAUUCCUUUAUUGCAAGACAUAAAUCUUUAUCAAUGAAACUAACCAGGAUAAAAUGUGACGUUUAAAGGCGUAAUUAAAUGAAAAGACAUGUCUUAUCUGAAAUCUGUUUUAUAGGUCACAAGUGAAAUGAUGUUAUAGGUAACCUGUGUAGCCUAGGUCUAGGGCAUGUUAAAGCCCUAGGCUACAGUCCUCUUGAUUCUAUAUGUUUGUAUAAAUAUGUUGUCAUAUACAUUGUUUAUGUAAGUAGAGAACAGUAGUAGUAGUACAUAUACAGGUAAAAUAGAGUAAACACCAACAUGAAGCUUUGCGGCCACCAGAACAUCUUCACUGCACCUUGGCAUAGAUUCUACAAAUGUCUGGAACUCUAUUGGAGGGAUGCGACACCGUUCUUCCACCAGAAACUACAUCAUUUGUGUUUUGUUGAUAGUUGUGGGAAAACGCUCUCUCAGGCGCCACUCCAGAAUCUCCCAUAAGUGUUCAAUUCGGUUGUGAUCUGAUGACUGACACACACACACUUUAAACCCCCCGUGCUCCUUGGAGACCCCUCUAUCGGAAGUCACAGAGAUCUCUUGUAGCCAAAAUAAUGGUCAUUUUUAUAUGAUGUUAAUUAACUCAGAAAACCACACCUGCGGAAGCACCUGCUUUCUAUAUACCUGGCCUCGUUUAGUGUUUCCUUUAUUUUGGCAGUUACCUGUAUAUAUCAGAGAACACACACACAUAUGUAUGCAUUGCACCACACAUGCAUGUACACGCAACCACACACGCAAACAUGCAUGUAUGCCAUACAUGCAGACACAAUUAAAGAAUGAAAGCACAUGGCAAAAGACAGCUCAUAAUUACUGAUAACAAUUCUGUGAUGAACAAGCUUUUAUUUGUAUUUUACAUUGCUUAAACAUACUUAGAAUUACAUUGUUUACAUUGUGACUGAAAUAAUUUCAAAUACUUUA